CCGCGUGUGAACCAUACGCUUCACUCGUCAUCCGCUUUCUCCUUUCUCUUCAUUUUUGCAUUCCCUUUCUAAAUUACGCACCACAGAAAACCCUAAUCCUAAAAUUCCACCUUCUCAUCACUUUGAUUUCCCCUACAUGAUCCCCAUUCCGGAAACCGUCUUGUAAGCUUCUCCCCAACUUAGGGUUUUGGAAAUGGACAAAAACGAAGACGACAUGCAACUAUCCAUCUACAAACCCCUGACUUUCACGGGUGGCUGCUUGGAAAUUCGCUUAUUCUACGUCCGCAUCGUCCCCUGCGCCCUGGACAACCUCCCGGACCACCUCACCCUGCGCCAUCUCCGCCGCGAGUUGGGCGUUUUCUUGGAAAUCAAUGGCGCUCGUAUCCCCUCAUCCGACGCUGUUUCGAUUGCCCUCCGCCGGGAUCGCGUUGACAAGGAUUCCUCCGAGGUUACAUACGUCACCACAGAUAGCAUUAAAAUCUCGGGUCCUGUGGAAUUUGAGGUUUGCGAAGAGGGGAAGGAUUUGGAUUUGAUUCUCUGCGGCUCGCUGCAGAGGGCAGAUGCUGCGGCUGCAUGGAGUAAUGGGAGUGCCUUGGAGAAUGAUUCCAAAACUGGGUGGAGUAUGGAUUGCUAUGUGGCCAACGCCAUUGCGACCAAUGGUAGGUCCACAUUUUUCCAACCCAAGAUUGGGAUAUGUUCGCCCUCGAUUGAGGUUUAUGUGGCGGGAUGUUGCUCUGGAGUGCCAGUGAUUUUGACAAAGACGAUUUUGGUUAGUCCGAGAAAGAAGAUGUCGAGGCAAGGGAUGCUUGAUGCCAUACCCGAGGAUGAGGAGAUGGGGAAGGAGCAAAGGAGCUUGAGCAAUGGAUUGCUUCGACAAAGAAAGUUGCCAUUCAUGGAGGAAGAUAGGGACGACUGUGAGUCAGAUGGGAAGGUUAUACACAACUAUUACACAGAAGACAUGUACCCAGGUGAAGAUGGCCAGCUUUCAUGGUUCAAUGCUGGUGUACGGGUUGGUGUUGGAAUAGGGCUUGGGAUGUGCCUUGGUGUUGGGAUUGGUGUUGGUCUGCUUAUGCGAUCAUAUCAAGCUACAACAAGGAGUUUCAGGAGGAGUGAGUGUGAGAUCUCCUGCACAAUGGCUCACCGUAACAAGGCUGCCCCUCAAUCUCACCCCCUACCUCUAGUCGUAACACUCAACUGCAUCGAAGACACAGUUCUGGAACAGGAAUGUCUAUCCGGCGUGGCGCAGGUCGAGCACGUGCCUCUCAGCCAGCUCGCAGACUCGCGGAUCGAGUCGGCGGCAGCUGUUCUCCUCCACUCCUUUUCUUUCCUGCCACGCGCUGCUCAGCGCCGGCUCCGUCCAUGGCAGCUGAUCCUCUGCCUCGGUUCAUCCGACCGCGCCGUCGACUCGGCUUUAGCCGCAGACCUCGGGUUGAAUCGGAUGGUCCACGUAGACGUGAGCAGAGCAGAGGAGGUGGCGGAUACCGUUAUGGCGCUUAUUUUGGGGCUGCUUAGGCGUACGCAUCUGCUGUCGAGACACGCGCUCUCGGCUGCCGGAUGGCUUGGCUCGGUGCAGCCGCUGUGCCGUGGAAUGCGCCGCUGCCGUGGAUUGGUGUUGGGUAUUGUUGGUAGAUCUGCCUCUGCAACAUCUUUGGCUAGCAGGAGUUUGGCGUUUAAGAUGAGUGUUCUGUAUUUUGAUGUGCAAGAGGGAAAUGGUAAAGUAAGUAGAUCUGCCAUGACAUUCCCAGCUUCAGCCAGAAGAAUGGAUACCCUUAAUGACUUGCUUGCUGCAAGUGACGUUAUAUCGCUGCACUGUGCACUGACUAAUGAAACAAUUCAAAUUAUCAGUGCAGAUUGUUUGCAGCACAUAAAGCCUGGGGCGUUUCUUGUGAACACUGGUAGCAGUCAGCUAUUGGAUGAUUGUGCUGUAAAACAACUUUUGAUUGAUGGUACUCUUGCCGGCUGUGCCCUGGAUGGUGCAGAAGGCCCCCAGUGGAUGGAAGCAUGGGUUAGGGAGAUGCCAAAUGUUCUGAUACUUCCUCGGAGUGCAGACUAUAGUGAAGAAGUUUGGAUGGAGAUAAGGGAAAAGGCAAUUUCCAUACUACAGCGAUUCUUCAUUGAUAAUCUCAUCCCAGAAAAUACUGUGUCUGACGAGGAGGAAGAGGACAGUGUGGUGGGAUAUGAAAAUGAAUCGUGUAACAAAUUAGGUAAUGAAACUUCAUUCCAAGGCUCUGUUAGUGAUAGAGCGAAUGAGAAUAUUCAGUUACUGGCUGAAAGCUCCCAGAAAAAGGUGUUGAACCAGUCGGAAGAUGCUUCAUCUCAUAAUCAAGGCUCUGUUUUAUCUCAAAAUGCUUUGAGUAGAUCUGAAAUAAAGCGAAGCAGAUCAAGUAAGAAGGCAAAAAAGAGGCAUGGUCGCCAAAAAUCUCAGCAUAAAGCAGAUGAGACUUUGACUUUUGGAAAAGAGAGCACUACAUACAGAGAAGAUGAUGCUAGCUUGAGUGGCACAGAUCCAGCUUUGAGUUCUAGUUCACGUUGUGCUUCUCCUGAAGAUUCAAGGAACAGAAAGACACCACUUGACUCUAAAGUAGAAUUACCUCCGGACCUGCUCUCAGUAGAACUUGGUAAAAAAUCAGGCGAACUGCUGAAAGAUGGUUAUAUAAUAACCCUACAUGCAAGAAGUCGUCCUGCACUUCAUGUCUCUAGGCAAAGAGUUCAAGGGGGUGGUUGGUUCCUCGACACAUUGCCUAAUGUAACAAAAAGAGAUCCUGCAGCACAGUUCCUGGUUGUAUUUAGAAGCAAGGAUACAAUUGGUCUUAGAUCAUUUACUGCUGAGGGAAAAUUGUUACAGAUAAAUAGGAGGAUGGAAUUUGUAUUCGCUAGCCAUAGCUUUGAUGUCUGGGAGAGCUGGACAACUGAAGGUUCUCUGGAAGAGUGCAGGCUGGUGAAUUGCAGAAAUCCUCUGGCGGUGUUGGAUGUACGCAUUGAAAUUGUUGCGGCUGUAGGUGAAGAUGGUGUUACUCGCUGGCUUGAUUAGGUACUGUAAACUUGACUUAAUACAGUUCUGACACAUGCAUGACAAAUUUGUCGAGGCUGAGGUGUGAUGUAUGCGAAGAGCUCAUAAUUUAGGAAGAAAUCCAUUUUCACACUGGAUUCAGGGAUGUAUUUUUUCGUAUUCCAGACUGCGUUCUAGCUGCAUGAUUGAUGCAUAUCGUUAAUGGAAAA